UUCCUGGGCUCUGCUUUCAGGGGCUCUCACAACCCCUCUGCCCUGGAGGCAUGAGGACCAUGGAGCAGGGCUGCAGCCGCAUGGAGGACUUCCCUCUCAACGUGUUCUCGGUCACUCCGUACACACCCAGCACUGCCGACAUCCAGGUGUCAGACGACGACAAGGCGGGGGCCACCUUGCUCUUCUCGGGCAUCUUCCUGGGACUGGUGGGGGUCACGUUCACCAUCAUGGGCUGGAUCAAAUACCAAGGGGUCUCCCACUUCGAAUGGACCCAGCUCCUCGGGCCCAUCCUGCUGUCGGUGGGGGUGACAUUCAUCCUGAUUGCCGUGUGCAAGUUCAAAAUGCUGUCCUGCCAGUGGUGCAAAGAAAGUGAGGAGAGGCUCCCAGAUCCGGAGCAGUCGGCGGGAGGACAAUCCUUUGUGUUCACUGGUAUCAACCAACCCAUCACCUUCCAUGGCGCCACUGUGGUGCAGUAUAUCCCUCCUCCAUAUGGCUCUCAAGAGCCUAUGGGGAUGAACCCCACCUACCUGCCGCCAGUGGUGAACCCAUGUGGCCUCCUACCGACUGGAGCGGUGGCGGCCACCAUGCCAAGCCCCCCUCAGUACUACACCAUCUACCCUCCGGAGAAUGCUGCCUUUGUUGACGACCAGGACUACCCUUCCUUUGUGGACGCUGGAGAUGGCAGGUCCAGCCCUGAUGCUGAGCAGCUAGAAGAGACACCGCUGGGAGAUGAGGACUCUGCCUGCUUCUCCCCUCCUCCAUAUGAGGAGAUAUGCUCCCCUUCUCGCUAGACUGUGAGGCUGAGGGCACAACAUUUUAGUUUUGUUGCUGACAGCUGAAGUGUGCUGUGCUGUGACCUUCAGAAAUUAGACAGCAGAGCUGUCUAACCAGGAAGUCUUGACAGAUACCAUUUGGGGAGGGUGGGAGAAGUGGGAGGUUGAAUCUCUCUGGUUGGUAAAAAUUAGGCAGGGGUGGGGAUAUGUCCUUCUGAUAGAGCUAGAAAUCCUCUGGAUAUGGUUCAGGAUUAGGAAUUUCACCAGUUUAUCCACCACCCAUCCCUUUCCCAGUGGGAGCACUGGUGUCUUCAUUUGAGCUCUAGCAGCCAAGGGAACCUGAGGAGGGCAUGGCAACCCACUCCAGUAUACUUGCCUGGAGAAUCCCAGGGAGAGAGGAGCCUAGCAGGCUACAGUCCACGGGAUCGCAGAGUCAGACACGACUGAGCGACCAAGCACAGUACAGCACAGCCAAGGGAAAACUCACUACUGCUGUGACUUUGGGAGUUCCCACAGUAGUGAGAGUAGGGGUGGGAAGGAAGCAGGGGACAGAAAACAGGCUCACAUGGAGAUUUUCCAGUGCCUGUUCUCAGCCCCUAAAGGAGAUCUGCAUGUUUGUAAGAACUUGGUGGCCAGCUGAUGCCCCUGGAGGACUCUGGAUAUCUUAAAGUCUGCAAAAACAAAUGAAUUAAGUGGGAUAAAAGAACGUCUCCCGUUAGAAUAGUAUUAGAUAGCUGGAUUAAACAUAUGAAAUAAAUAAUAAUGGGACAAUGAAGUCAAUAAAUCCUUAAGUUAUCACUGGGUCACAGCAGUUCUUCAGCAAGGCUGAAGCCCAUCAGCCCCAGGACAGGAUCUGUGCUGGACCCAGGGGCCAACAGAACACGAUCACUUCCCUUCACAUAGAUGAGAUCUGUUAACUCAGAAGAGAGCUCCUGUGUCAACACCUGGAAAACCAUGAGUCAUAGAAACAAUCUUUAUGGUUAAGAUAAGCUUACCUUCUUUAUAAAAAAAAAUUCUUUGGUACCCUUAACCUCCAAGAAUCUGAACUGACAACUAGAACAGACUCACAGACUUCAGAAGAGACAGAUAAAACCAUCAGGGCUUAAAAGAAAGUAUUUUCCACAGGUUACAGAGGCCAGGCCAUGUGAGGAAAGGGAAGCUCAUACCAAAGGAAGACGGGACACAGCAAUCCUUUAGGGCCUGGGUACUGCGUUUGUAUAUGGAGUGAUUUUUACUAAUCUUGAUCAGAAAUAUCUAGUUUUCCUAGGAUAUGAUUAAAAUAAGCUUGAUAUUA